UAGAAACUAGAACACAGUGAUUCCUUCCUGACGCUGGGAGCAAUUUUACAGAGAGAUUUUUCAGUAUUAGUGGGAGAACAUGAGGUCAAGUUGGAUAUUUCUAAUACAUGUGUUGUGGCUAAUGGGCCAUCAAUGUGCACCUACAAAGAAGGAGAUGAAUCUCCAUGAAAACCUGAAAAUGUUAUCUGAAAUUGGUGAGAAAUAUGUGGAUGAAGAAGUAAAGAAAGCUCUGACAGGGAUUAAGCAGAUGCAAAUUAUGAUGGAAAGAAAUGGGGAUAAACAUGUAGAUCUGAUGAAAACCCUGAUGAGGACAGAUCAAGAAAAAAAGGAAGCUCUACAGCUCAUGGAUGAAGUAAAAGAAAGAUUAGAGGAAGAAGAAAGGCAAUGCCAGGUUUCUUUGAAAACUUUAUGGAAUGAAUGUGAAUCUUGUUUGGAAAGUAACUGCAUGAGAUUUUAUACAACUUGCCACGCUAGCCUGUCAACAAUUGUAAAUAAGGUUGAAGAUUUUUUCUGGAAAAUAUCUCCAAUAAUUUUUAGCUUUUAUGAGGAUCAAGGCAAAGACCUCCAAUCAAAUGAAAAAACUGAAAAGGAAGAUACCCAGCUAGUAAAAAUGGAAGAUGUAUUUAGCCAGCUGGCAUCAGAUAUGGGGACAUUAUUUGACAAGAGCUUUGUUUUUUUCAAACAGAUGCAAACAGAAUUUGAUCAAACUUUUCAAACAUAUUUCAUGUCUGAUGUAAAUUUAACUGAAUCACACAAUGUGCCUGCUCUCCCUGAGGAUUCCAAGAAAAACAAUAGUUUUCAGAAAAACUGGGAUAUAUCAGGCUUCCUUCAGGUAGUUUUUGAUUUUGGCAAGACUGUAUUUGAAGGUGUCAGCAAAGUGAUUACUAAAGCAUUUGAUGGAAACAGUGAUAACAAAGGAGAGUUGCCAGAACAAGCCAAAGGCAAGUGUUGGAAGACAUUAAAAUAUUCUGAUGAAAAUGAAAAGUUUUCAAUGACUACAACAGGCCAUGAAGGAACUCUGUGCAAAGACUUCCCGCAAAAUUCAGCAGGAUGCUCACAGUUUCAUGAAAGAUGCCAGAAAUGUCAGGAUAUGCUGAUGAAAGACUGCCCAAAUAUCCCUGAACUACAUGCAAAGUUGGAUGAAGCCUUAAAAUUGGUUAAUAUCUCAAGCGAGCAGUAUGAGCAGAUUCUCCAGUUGAUUCAGCAUCACACAGAAGACACUUCCUACUUGUUGAAUAAAAUGAAGGAAAGGUUUGGGUGGGUUUCUGAACUGUCCAAUGUGACCAUCGGAUCGGAAAACAUCUUCAAUAUAGUAAAGGUGUCACCUGGGGAUUCUUCCAGUCCAAACGAAACAGUGGUAGAUGUGAAUAUUCUGACUUCACCUACUUUCACAAUUAAGGUUCCACAUGAUUUAGAUACCGAGAGCUCUGAAUUCAUUGAAUAUAUAGCUGGGAAAGCUUUACAACUUUAUAAGCAAAAUUUUUAAAUAUGGUAAGUUGAUUCUUUUUGUAUAGUGAAGAUAACUCUUAGUAGUGGACAUCUAUUUGUUUUAUUACACUUCAAUGGAUUUUAACUGGAGCAUGAUUAUGGAUUAUGAUAUACUUCAUAUCUUGGGGUAUAUCAUGAAUCUAAGAGACAAAGAAAUUAUACAAAACUGAAAGAUCAGUGUUUUAGUGUGAUAAUGCUCACAGACUAAGCUUAAUUAUAUGUUAAAUACUCCAGCCACAGGUAACAUAUAGGAAGACAUAUAUACCAUCUCCACCCAGGUUGUCUUCCAAGUACAGUAUUUCAUGGUUCUGGGCACUAAAUACCAUGUGUUUAUCAAUCAAUAUAAUCUAGAAUAGCCACUGAUAUUUACUGUGAUAUUGAAUGGUGUACGUCAGAGAUUCCCAAACUUUUUCUUAUUGCAUACCCCCUUCCAGAUUUACCAGCUGCCCAUGUAUCUCUAUCAGCAUCCAUUUUAUAUUUUAACCCCUUAAAUGCCAAUUAUGAUAAUGAAAAUUAAAUCUGCCGUUACAAAAUUUCUCCCACGUAUCCCCCAGAGAUGUCUUGUGUACUCCCAGGUGUACACAGACCACAGUUUGGGAACCCCUGGUGUACCUGAUAUUUUUCAAAUAUAAAGGGAGAACAAAUUCAGAAUCAAUGCAGUGAUUUAAAAUGUUUUGCCAUAAAAUCUUAAGUUAAGCACUACUUUCUAACUAAAAAGUUUAUUUCUUUGACUUCCAGAUCCAUGCACAAACAGGACCCUUCAUUUGUUUAGUCCUUACUAUCUUUGUGGGGAAAAAAACCGCAGAAACCACUCUGCUGGUUUAGGGAUCUCCAUAUGGGAAAGAGUGGGGGCUGGUUGAGGGUGGGAAGGGACAAGAAAUGGACAGAUGUAGAGCUGUGGAAAAAUGCAUACAUGUUAACUCUCAGAAGAAUUUCCACUAAAGAUAAAUGUAACCUCAGGUUGUGUUACCUCUUCCAUGAAGCCUUUCCACCCAUCCCUCCUCAGGGUACUGUCACCAGAGAAGCUCCUGGUAACAUGGUUCUAGAGGGGGAACUGCCAAGAACACCAGCUAUAAUAAAAGCUAAUGGCAAACUGCCUUAGUGUUCCAUAGAUCUGGAAUACACUCUGCAAUGCACUGUGUGUGGUCAUUUUUAUUCUUGAACAAAGUGAAAAGAAAAUGUAAAUAGUUACCAAAUCAUAAUGGGCUAAAAAUAACAUUUUAUUCCCAGUAAGCACAGCUGUGAAUGAUUACAUGAUAGCAUGGGGGCCGGGGAAGAAGCGGGAGGAAUCCUAGAGGAUAUUAAAAAAAAUCCUACAUUGUAGUAUAAAACUGACAAGCUGUUUUUUUUCUUAAUGUUGUAUGUCUACUCAGCAGGAACAAGCAUCCAUUUGCCUUCAUGAUUACACCCUCUCCCUAUGACAUACCACUUGUUUCUGUAACAUGCUUCUUUAGUCGUAAAAUGUGAACAGCUCACUAUGACUGUGAUGACCAUGGAACAGAAUCUUACUUAUUUUCCCUAUGCGUUAUGGUCUGUGAAAUGUCACCCACCUAAUAUCCUAUCCAGAAUCCCUUCCUUCAGCAAAGUACUUCAAAAUGUAGUGUAAAAACAACUGUUCAAUGAAUAGGGGUUUAAAAUAUUUGUAUAGAAAUAAAAUACUAGUAAGAAGCAUUUCAGUUAUUCAGUAUUUUGCAGUGAUAAAUUUGAAUGUGCUAUUUAUUUCAUUGAAGUAUGUCAAUUUGCAGUUAAUACUUGUAUGAAAGUAUGCUAUAUUAUGUGAUUGUCAGCUACCUACAUCUUGCAAAAACUUAAACUACUUACUCAACUUUAGCAAGUAGUCCCUGCUACCCUAAAAGCAACUACUUGCAUGAUGGAAACUGUGCAGGUUUGGAGUCAAAAUACUUUGCAUACAGCUUAGCUUGAAUUAGUCAAGUCUGAACGUAUAUCAAGUAUUUUCUAAACAAGACUUUGUUUCUUUGUCCAGUUCAUUUAAAAAUGUACUGUAGGCAUUAAAUGACUUUUUCUAAAUCUGUGAUAAAGAACUAGUUCUUCAGUCUUUUACAUAUUUUUCUUCUAGUUUGGAAAUAAAAUGAAU